AUGCCGCUUUGGCGUUUAGGCCUUCCCAUCCGAUGGCCGACAGUAACUACACCGGGACCGUCCAGACACCGAACUAGCCGGCGUGGAAGUAUCAACGAGAAGGAUUCUUAUUUGGACUCAGACGAGGAUGAGAGAGUCGUAACUACACCGGGACCGUCUAGACACAGGAUCAACUGGCGUCGGAGAACCCGCGAGAAUGCUCCUUCGUUGAACUCGGACGAGGAUGAGCGGGGCCCGAGAUUGUCCAGACACAAGACUAACCGAUAUCGGUGCAUCAACACGAUCAUUCCUCGCGAGAAUGAUCCUCAUUUGGACUCGAAUGAGUAUGAGAGGAUUGUAACUAUAUCUAGACGGCAUAGGCGCAGGCUCAGGGCAAACCACCGUCUGAGUACCCGGGAGAAUGAUGCUUGUUUGAUCCCAGAUGAGUAUUAUGAGAUCGCACCUACACCGAGGCAUUCCCGGCACAGGAAUGACCGGCGUCGGAGCAUUAACACAAUCGUUACUUGCGACAAUGAUCCUUUUUCGGGCUCGGAGGAGGGCCUUACAUCUGAUUUACCAGCGGCUGAAAAUGACAAAUCGUCACUGCCCAAGUGGCAAAGCUUCUUCUCUUUUUUGCGCAGGUUAGGACAUCGACGAGAAGAAAACAGCGACGAGAAUGCACGCUUGCUUGAUGAUGAGGAUGCGGACACUUCCGCACAAGUACCAACCCAUGACGAAUCACUCUACCGCGCCCUGGAUCGCAAAACUAAGGAGAUCCGACUGCUCGAGAUACACCCAGCUCAGGAUCCAGGAACAAUUAUCUCUUGCAACCUCAGGACCGUCUCGCUCACCAAUGAUCGAACCAGCUAUGACGCGCUUUCAUAUGCCUGGGGAGACCGCUCAGCACAACGUCUCAUUCGAAUCAACGGAGAGCUAAUGUCUGUCAAGGAAACCCUGUACACUGCAUUGAGGUGCCUACGAGAGUCCCAGCGGGUACGCACUUUAUGGAUCGAUGCUCUUUGUAUAAAUCAGGAUGACUUGGAUGAACGCGGCCAUCAGGUGCGUACCAUGAAGGAGAUAUAUGAGCACGCAGCCACGACCAGGGUUUGGUUAGGAACCGAAACAAUCGAGAACGACCUCGCAUUCGAUACCCUUGCCUACCUUGGGAGCGCCGGAUCUGGUGUCAAUCAUCUGCCGGACCACAUCAUCCAUGGCCUUCAACACUUGAUCAUCUUCAAAGAGUUGUUGCAGAGGGAGUGGUGGUCGCGCGUGUGGGUGUUGCAGGAGGUGGUCCUUGCGAAAGAAGUGGUUUUCCAUUGUGGGAACCGACUGCUACCCAUGGAUAUCCUGAUCAGAACUUAUCACGUCUUGCAAAAUUCUCGAAACAACGGCCUGCUCCACGCGCUGGACAACUUCGAGUCAGAGGAAGGCCUUGCCGACUUCGUGGCCACAAUGUCCCGAGGACUAGAUCCAAUCAGGAACCUCACUCGCUUCUACCAAAGGCCAAGUCAUAUGAGCUCUGAGUUUGAUUUCAUCCUGCUGCUUGCGAAGUGUCGCGAAAACAAUGCAACAGAUCCUCGGGACAAGAUAUAUGGCCUCCUUGGCCUUGCGCCUCCCUGGGUCACUGAACUCAUUGAACCAAGCUACGACCGGUCUCAUAAACAUCUAUAUACUCGGACGGCCCUGCAGCUGAUGUCGAAAUUGAACUCAUCCAUACUAUUCAACCAAGCAGGGCUAUCUUCCCGGACAGCAACCAACGAGGUCAUACCAUCAUGGGUACCUGAUUGGUCACAGCAAGGCAACCAAUGGGUCGACAUUGAAUUACGUCUCCAGCAAGAGAAACUGUUCGAUGCUUCCGGAUACCAGCUAGUUCUCCUCCCUAUACAUGACGAUGGAGUCUUGAUGCGAGGGCUUCCUGUCGACAUUGUCAUUGCAACAUCGGACAAGAUGCCAUCACACUGCAGACACCCUGAGGCUCGUGCUUGCUUUGCUCGCUGGGAAAGCUUCUCAUGCACUGGGUUGAGUUCGCGCAACUUCAGAGAUCAGGCGGAUGGCAUGUACACCGAAUCAUAUUGGCAGACUGUCCUGAACGGAGCUUUGCCGAGCAACGAGCAAGCAAAGUUAAGACGACUUCGUUUCCGGGAUCAUGAGAUUUUUGCCGAAUGGCGGCGCCGGUCUCAAUGGAGAGCCACGCAGCUCGAGUCGAGUCAAACCCUGCAAUCCACCGAUCUCUUGGAUGAAUACAUCUCUUCCACAACCCGCAAUCGCAGGCUUUUCAUGACCGCAGGAGGUAAGUUGGGCAUCGGACCCGCCGGGACAAAACGCGGAGAUUAUUUAUAUCUUUUGGCUGGUGCGACACAUCCGUGCCUGCUCCGACAAGUCAAGUACCGGCUUGAUCUAUAUCAGCUCGUCGGCGAAUGCUACGUCCACGGCAUCAUGAACGGCGAAGCAACAAAAAUGGCAAUGACAUCGACAGCUCCUGUAUCCAUUGCCGGUCUAAAGAAGAUCACAAAUGUGCGCCGCCGCCCCACAAAAACACACGGAGACGAGUGUUUCGAGAGAUGGAUAUGGAAUCAUUACUUCGCCGUCUUCGAAAGACGUCGGAGCCGGGUUAGGAGGAUCACUCUCACGCGAUCGAGCUAUGAGAUCGGAGGGGGACGUUACCCCGAUCUGUCUGUUCUCCUUGCUCGUGAUCUAGAGGUUUACGAGCAAGAGUGGUGUGAAUGUCCGCCCGUGGCUGACGACACGGAGCAGUCGUGGAGAUCAGUUGUACUCUAUUGA